GGAGCAGGAAACAAAAUAGGGAUAAUCUGCGACACGCCCCAACAGCAGGCAUCAUGGGUUCAGUGAUUCUUGAUGUACCAUCCAGCACAGGCCGCCAACAAGCUCCUGUUGGUGCAGCUUAAAGGCAGCACGCCGCCAAACAUCCCCACUGGGACGAUUUCCACCCGGGUCCCCGCACGUUCAAGCCUCGGCUCUGUUUCCCCCCGCGACCUGAUAAGAUAUGGUACUGUCAACCAUGUAGGCACCGGCUCCCUUCCAGAAUGUGGGUGCCGGCUCCCUCUUCAUUUUCUGUUGCAUUGUUUUGUGGCCGUCUGGCACGCCGGGGGAACACCCGACAACCUUCUCAUUUCCACGCCGCGGCCGACAAUUGCGUGGCCAUUCACUUCGGGCACAACCGCGCAACUGACCAAGCGCGACCUUGCGGCAAGUUAAGCCUGCAAACAUCGACUACGCAUUCAAACAACCUUGGGUGGACCUCAACCGCCGGUAGCCGGCGGCCCCGACUCAUUGAGGCUUUCGGCGGUGCUUUCGAGAAACCGUUUCCACCGGCCGAUGCAGAAAUUUACGGCGCCUAUCCGAGCGCGACUUUGGCCGAUUUCCACCCUGGCGACUACGAUCGAUCAACGUCACGUCACCGGCACUGUGGUCGAAGGCAAAACAUACAAGGCGCGCAGCAACGGGGGCAAACCAUUUGGGGAAAGACGCAAGAGCGACCUUGCGUGAAUCCCAAGUACGAGGUGGAACUUCGCGCGUACCCCAAUGUCACCAGCGCAACACCCAACCCUACACGACAAUGUCCGACGUCACCAUACAUGAGGCUCGCGAACUUUUCCGUUUGAAAGCUUCCUAUGGAGCGCAAGAUGUCCAAAAGGCAUAUUAUGCGGCAGCACGAAAACACCACCCGGACGCAAACGGCGGCGUAACGGGAAACCUUGGCAAAUUGGCAGAAGCAAGACGGGUCCUUUUGGGAGCGCUGCAAAAUCCAGCAACGGAUGAUGUCGCGCUGCGCAAUCCAGCAACGGAUGAUGUUGUCGCGCCUGCUAGUCAGUGUCCGGUGGAGAAGUGCAACUACAAAUCCCACGACAUGCAAGACCAUCUUAGCGAGUUCCACCUCUUCGAGUUGUGCACCGGCGCCUGCGCUUUAGACUUCGACAGCCUCAUCAAGCAGUGUGAGCAUAUGAAUGAGUUCCAUCCGCUGGGGGAAUGCCGUUUAUGCAACCGGUCGAUUUGCAUCGAGUUCAUGCAAUGGCACCUACGAGAGGAUCACAAGUGCGGGUACGACUUGCAAGAGGGGGCAUAUGACAACGCUGUCGGGCAGGACAUCAACGUCAUCAACGCUUUUUGGGAAAGCAGAAAGGAAGAGGAUGAGGCCACCGGGAUUGUGACCUGCAUCGUCACCAAAUGCAAGGACCAAAUCGGAAUGGAAAGCCUCCACAAUCAUCUUUUCACGAAACACGGCUGGCAAAAAUGCAAGGUAUGCCGUGAUGUUUUGGGUCCGCCGGACGAUAAAGAGCUCAAGUCGCACAUGAAGAAACACCCCAUUUGCGGUGAGUGUCACACACUGUUUAAGGACCGGGAUGCGCUCAACACACACUUGGUGGACGAACACAGGUACAAGGAGUGCACACAUCAAUAUUGCAUUUCCUACUUCCCCCCAGACGAGCUGGACCGCCAUAUUAACUCGGAGCACCCCAGGUGCUCCGUGUGCGGGGUUCGUAUGGAUUUCCGUGAAUUGCCAUCACACCUUCGGAGGAAGCACGGCUGGGAAACGUGCAUAGUUUGCCACGAGCCGUACGACCCUUCGGUGGAUCACUACAAGCUGCACCCUGGGCAUCAGCCUCCCCCGCAGCAAGCCCCGCCACAGCAGCCUUCACAGCAGCCUUCACAGCAGCCGCCACAGCAGCAAGGCCCGCCACAGCAGCAAAGCCGGCCACGGCAGCGAGGCCGGCCACAGCAGCAAGGCCCACCUCCACAGCCGCCUCUCUCGCAGCAGGAUCGUGUCGCAGAACCCCCCAAGCGCGGUGACAGCAAUGGUGGGCGUGCAGGGACGCGGGCAAGCAAACGGCGUAAGGUUUCGCCGCAGCCAAGAAAUAACCCACAGCAGGAGGCCGACAAUGGUGGGUGUGCAGAAGGUGUCGGCAUACCACCAAAGAAAAGCCCCAUCACCACCAUUCUCCGCCAUCAACCGGACAAGCAAAGGAAAUACUCUUUCAGACUUCGCGUCCGGCGGAAGGAUAAUAAGGAGGUUUGGGAACAGGAAAGGUUUAUACAGCAGCAAUAUCCGGACCUCCUGUACAACUACUGGAAGCAAAAGGGAGGACGACCACACGUGGCUCGCUACCGCGUUUUCAAGGUAUUGAGGUGUUUGGAAAAUGGGGAAUAUCUUGUGCAGUGGGAGGGGUACUCCGACGCUGAUAAAGAGACCACAGAGAAGACACUGGUCGAGUUGAAGGAUAUCGCGAAGGAGGAGCUGCGGAAGUUUGAGGAAGGCCGAAAAGCGGAAAGCCCCAUUGUGUUGGAUUGAAACUCCCGGGCGAGGGGUAGAAGGGGAAACUCGGGUAGAAGUAGUGGGUGCGCAUAAGGUGGUUAGGGUGUUGUGAUUGCGUUAGAAGAGGACGAUUUCCCAGCCAUGCUUCCAGCUCCUCGCUGUGUUUGCUACAAACGGACUUUUGCUCCUAGGGUAGGCACUGAACGGUCCGCCCGGAGGAACUGGGAAACUUGGACUGCAGUUAGGCCCCCAGCUGGAGUAGCCAGCUGCUUCCUAUCUUAUCUGCACGUGGCCUUUUGGCAGCGCGGGAUAAGGUGGCCGUCACGGCCCUUUUCCGGACGAGAACGUUUCCUCGACCCACCACCUCCGAUAACGAUAACGGCGCAACCCAGUAUCUCCGC